AUGGAAACAACAGGCUUCACGUCCACUCAACUUGAAGUCCGCGACGCCAUAUUCGCGCUAUGUUCAAACUUCCCAGACAGCUACUGGCGCGAUCGCGAUGACACCAGCACCGACCCAUCAGACUUUCACGCCGCGCUGGCAAAAGACGGCUGGCUAGGUAUCGCUUUGCCAGAAGCCUACGGCGGCGCUGGUCUAGGAAUCUCGGAUGCAACAAUGAUGCUGCAAACGAUUGCAGAAUCUGGUGCUGGCAUUGCAGGAGCUCAGGCGAUACAUGCAAAUGUGUAUGCGACGCAGCCUCUCGCCAAGUUUGGGAGCGACGAGCAAUUGAGGGAGACGAUACCGAAGAUCAUCUCUGGAGAAUACAGGACGUGUUUUGGCGUCACAGAACCAAACUCUGGACUCGAUACUCUGAGACUAGGCACAUUUGCGAGGAAAGAUGCCGAUGGGAAGGGGUACAAGAUCACAGGGCAGAAGAUAUGGAUCACGUGUGCGCAAGUUGCAAAGAGGAUGAUACUCCUCGCGCGAACGACACCACGCGAAGAAGCAGAGAAACCAAGUCAGGCACUAAGCAUGUUUUGCAUACCACUCGAUCGCUCCGCCCCCGGCCUAGACAUGCGGCGCAUCAAGAAAAUGGGCGGCCGCGCCGUCGACGCAAACGAAGUCUUCUUCGACAACUACCACAUCCCCGCCGACUGUCUCGUCGGAAAAGAAGGCCAGGGCUUCAAAAUCAUCCUACACGGUAUGAAUGCAGAACGGUGCUUGCUCGCCGGCGAAGCCCUGGGUCUCGGUUACGCUGCUCUCACACGCGCCGCUGCGUAUGCACGCGAGCGCAACGUCUUCCAGCGGCCUAUCGGUAUGAACCAGGGUAUCGCGCAUCCCCUCGCUGACGCGUACAUGCAGCUCGAAGCUGCAAAACUUGCUACCUACCAUGCAGCGCGGUUGUACGAUGCUAGCAAGACAGACGAUUCUAUCCGGCAAGAUGCCAUUGGUGUAGCGGCCAAUAGCGCAAAGUACCUCGCGGCCGAAGCGGCGUUUACAGCGUGUGAGAGAGCGGUGCUGGCGCAUGGCGGUAUGGGGUAUGCGCAGGAGUACGAUGUUGAGCGGUACCUCCGCGAAUGCUUUGUCCCUAGGAUAGCGCCUGUGAGUCGGGAGAUGAUUUUGAACUACAUUGGGGAGAAGGUGUUGAGCUUGCCUAGGAGCUAUUGA